CCCUAAGACACCACGAGUCUCUACGGUUACGAUGUGUCGUUGGCAUCCCGGGUUCGCAACUGCAAAUUCCGGUUCGCUUGAACCAUUGACUACGUAGUAGCGAGAAACAAAGUCGACGUCUACCAGCGGGCAACCUAUUGCGAAAUGGAUCGUCGCACGGUCAAGCAACGAAGCUUCCUUCCGAGUCCAAUGCAGCCAAUCGCACCUCAGCGGCUCGGCAAGGCGCCGCCAGCAUGCAAGACCGAGGCCAGAGAUGAUGAUGCAGGCGCCAAAGUCGAACGUUCGGGCGCUGUCAGACCGCCUUUUCGCCCACCUAGCUCGCCUUACAUCCACUCGGCACAGCCCUCGACUCAAAUAGAGAGAGCUGCUGCAGACCGCGCCAGGCCGUGGCCUGGUAUAAUCGCAUCUAUCAGAGCUUUCUUCCGAAGGCCCGACGAAGAUCAAGUCAACAGUAAAUGACCGACGGUCAUGGAGACCUAACUGCCGUGACGCCAUGCGCCCAGCGGACUGUCGCGCGCUGUGAUCGGGAUGCCCGAUCAGCACGCGACAACGCAGCAGCGGACGUGGACAGCACAGUGGAUGAUGCGACAGCUGGUGCUACAUCUCCUUGUUCUGGCGCGACGUCAACUUUGGGAUGGCUGAUGGAAAAUCGUGGUUUGCGUGAUACGAGCACGCUUACGAGGGGUGCCGUAGUCAUAGAAGCCCCUGGCGACCAAGUAAACGAUUUCAGGUCUCCGCCAACAGGAACUGCUGGGAGCAGACAUGUAGUCGACGCGGGCAGCGAGGAUGCGUCUCUUGACGCACACGACCUCCUCAUCUUCGACAAGAUUGUUGGUCAUCGUCGAGACCCCCAGACCCGGACUAUUUCUCACAUGCGCAUGCGCUGGAGAAACGGCGCUCUGACAUGGGAACCGGAAGCGAGUAUACGAAAAUGUGCUGGUCAACACCUGCUGUCCUACUGGGAUGGUGUGAAUGGCAUACGAGAGGGCGCUAUGGCGGAGAGCUCGCAGCGCACUUCAGAGGUCCUUCCAGAGGUUGAGAAGCACGUGACAACGACCGCAAGCAUCGUAGCCCUGGAUGUGUGUUGGAUUGCGUCGCUUAAGCGGCCACGGGAGCCUCAAUGGCCUCAAUGUGAUGUGCCAUACAGCGAGCGGGCAAGUAUAGAAAGUUCUGCGGUUGGCGAGCGUGGACGUGAAAGGGCAGCGAUAGUCGACGAAGCUUGAAUGCGAUAGCGGGUCCGGAUACGGUAGCCACCGCACUGACGAACGCAAUAGGACCGGCCCGGCGACAGGCACGGAAAAGGGACGGUCAUGGUCAGCGGAGAGUUGAUGGGAUAGCAGACAAGUUGGCGCCGGCAGUUGCGAAAUCGAACAGGAGGCUUUCGACGACUGAGCUGAUGGCACACAAGAGACAGCGGCCAGCGGAGAUUGCCACUACGUCGUCAAGAAAGCGAGUCCGUCUACUACAACACCGGACAUUCAGUUCUGCCAAUCGCCAGCUGAUUAAAUCCGAUGACCGAGUUGACGUGGAAUCACGCGUGACAGGAGCAGGGCUGAUGCCCAUCAUAAAGCAAUGCCGACUUGGCUACACAUCUUGCAGGUUAUGUAGCGUGCGAUCACCGACUUUAUCAAAUCUAUAAUAUAGUUCAUC